AGUCAACUUUAAUCCAACUCCAGUCCGCCUCUCUGACGUAAACCGAUCCUCCACUCCAUUUUAAUCCAACUCCAGUCCAUUUUAAUCCAGCUCCACUCCAUUUUAAUCCAAGUCCAGUCCGCUUUAAUACAACUCCAGUCCACUUGCGUAGAAAGUCCGGUUUGGUUGGAGAGGUGUGAAUGUGUAAUAGACCAAAAUAGCGAACUCUUGUUUGCCUACAAACCUCGGUCUGGGUUCGGCUGAAGUGAACUCUGGUUCGGUUUGGAUGCCUAUGUGAACGCCAAGCGGAGCAGAGACCGCUCCAAAAGCAGGAAGUGGACUACAGAGCAGGGCAUUCUGGGUAGAUACAGCCCAAAUAAAGGUGCUAGCUUAGGGCUAGCCGGAGAAAUGACUUGUGGUUUUUAGCCAAAGACUACAGAGAAAUCCUCUAAUCGCUAAAAUCUAAAUUGUUUCAAGAAAGGAAGUUGCUCUCAGUGUCUUCAGAGGUUUUCAUGUCGUUUCCUUCAGUGGCUCUUCAGUUUCCUGCAGCCUCCCGCCAUGAUGCUGCCACCACCAUGUUUCACUGUGUUUAUUCAGGGUGAUGUGCAACAUUUCCUCUGCACCUUUUUUAUUGACUCAUAUACGUCUUUAAAUUGGACUGCUUAUGCUUUUCUUGCAUUUUACUGGGUAUUAUUUGUGCGCACCACACUUUUCAGAUUUUGUUUGUCUAUCUUUACAUUUUUGUUCGACCUUUUGCCCUACUUUUUGCAUGCGGUGCGUUACAAACUUCCAGGUGAAACUGCAGGAAUUUUCAGUGAACACUUUGAACAGUUUUCCCUUCUUUCGCCUCUCUGACGUAAACCGAUCCUCCGUCUCUUUCAACCUCGGCUUCGUCUCCAGAUUUUUAAAUUCCUACGCCAUCUGUUCUCCAUUUGCAUCGCCUCCCUCCUCUUCGCUUCAGCAGAUACAGAUGUGGCUUGUUUAUUGAAAGCUGAGCAACAGGAAAUACCCCAAAUCUUUGGGGGCCCCUGCCAGUGGAGGCCAACAGAAACAUAAGAAUGCGAGCUGCGCGCGCAAACGGCCAAAGUUUCUGUUUAUGGUCACAGAUUAAAAAGUGGAGCGGUGAGAUCUAGAGAGCCAGAAAAGGAAAGACAAGAGGAGGAACAGGUCUGCUUUUGGCCUCUUUUCCUCUCAGGAAACGCAUCCUGUUGCUGGCUGGCUCUGGCGUGUUUGUUGCACAUGGGAGAAGGAGGACUUUCGCAAACGCCCCCCUGCUCUGCAGACAAAAGAAUCCAGCAGGCCGUGACGUCUGCGACGGGAUUCUUUUUUAGACGCUCAAACACACAAACCCGUUUUUUUUUUUUUAAAUUGAUCCUGGAGGAGGGCACGUGCAAACUGAUGAGCAGCACAUUUCAACUCUGACCUACAAACGGAGAGGACUCCUUGUUCCAGUCGACUCAGAAACCGUCCAGAAACCGUCCAAAGAUUUAUUUUAAAAACAUGCAGCUGCUUUGCAGAAACUAAACAAAAAAACAAAAAGUGGGAAAAGUGCAAAGCAGGAGCGUCAAAACAAACGGGCAGAUUUAAGUGAUCGUGAAGCUGCAGCCGGUGGAAGGAGGUGGAAUGGACCCCGGUGCCGGUUGGACCAACCCGCAGGUACCAGCGCUGCUGUCCGAGGAGGAGGGCUGAGGAUCCGUCGCCACGACAACCGGCUCCCGGAUGACGAUGAAUGGAGAUGUUCUUUAGCUAAAGCGACACUCCUGUGACAGCUGGACGAAGCAGAGGAAGUGGAGGACGGCGGCGGAGCGGUGGCGGGCGUUGGGCGUCGCAUGGCCGUGCGCAGGCUGGUGGCGGCGGCGGCGGCGGUGGCGCUGCUGUCCCUGGUGCUCAACAACGUGGCGGCCUUCACGCCCAGCUGGGUCCUGCAGGCGCUGGAGGACGGCCGCAAGCGCAGCGUGGGGCUGUGGAGGACGUGUCCCGCCGAGCGCGGACGCGACGACCUGCAGGCGGCGGGCCGGGGGCACGGCACGCAGAGGCACUGCACCGCCAUCGGCUGGGGGUCGGAGUUCGCCGGCUACCAGGAGUCCCGCAGCACCGUCAAACUGCAGUUCAACAUGAUGCGAGCGUGCAACCUGAUAGCGACGGUGGCGCUGACGGCCGGCCAGCUCAUCUUCCUCCUGGGCCUGAUGGAGCUGCCCUUCGUCACGCAGGAGUCCCAGUGGUGGGAGGAGGCCAUCGCUGCGCUCUUCCAGCUAGCCAGUUUUGUGCUGGUGAUCGGACUGGUCACGUUCUACCGGAUUGGGCCCUACACACACCUGUCCUACUCCUGCUACGUGAACAUCGCAGCCUGCCUGCUGGCCACCAUGGCCGCCGCCAUGCUCAUCUGGAACAUUUUACACCGGUGGGACGACUGCCUCGCUCCGCGGCUCAUAAUCUUCCGUCCCCCGCUGGCCUCAGCUUUUCAUCCGCGGCUGGACAACGAGUACGUAGAGUCGCCAUGCUGAGCGAAGCCAGGCGGGGAAAUGGACUGAAGCGACGACACUGAGCUCUGAAAAGCUCCUAUUAUAUCUUGGCUGCUUGUCUGUAACGGGACUCUAAAGACAAGGUGCAUUUCUGUGGACAAACUUGUUUUUGCAGCUUUACAAAGUUUUUCCUUUGAAUAUAACAGAAUUAUUUUUGCUGCUUAAAGCACAUAUUUAUCCAAAAUACCACGAAGCAGCCAAAACAUACAUUUAUACUGUAUGAAGUCCUAUAUAAGCACCCUAAGGUGAGCUUACUGGUUGCCAACAUUGAGUUUGGACAUGAACUGUCUUCCAUACGACAUCUUUAUUAAAAGAUCAAGCUGGAACUUGACCUGAUUUUGUUUUGUUUAAUCGCACUUAGUGAAUGGUCCCUUACAUAAUUAUGAAUUGGGAAUAACACCACAUUACCUCAUAUUGUCUCCAUCACUGAAAGUGCAUAAAA